AUGGACACCGCGGAAGAAGCUUCAGCUUCCCCAUCAUCCCCUCGAUUCUCCGGCACCCGUGGCGUAUUCGUGAGUUUCCGGCAGAAAGACACCGGAAACACAUUCGCAGCCACUCUAUACGACGCUCUCCGGCGGAAGGGACUGAAAGCCGUCCUCGGCGGCAACUCCUCAGCGAUUCGCAGCUCAAGGAUCGCCAUCGUAGUCUUCUCUGAAAAUUACGCUUCUUCGAAGCGUUGCCUCACCGAACUAACGAAGAUCCUUAAGUGUAUGAAGCAAAAGAAGCAAGUGGUGUUCCCAAUUUUUUACAAAGUAGAACCCUCUGUUGUACGGCACCAGAGAAAGAGUUACGGAGAAGCCAUCGCUAAACACGAAGAGAGGGUCGGAACAGACUCCAACAAGCUCCGAAAAUGGAGGUCCUCUCUCAACCAAGCCGCUGGCUUGUCAGGGUGGCAUUUUCAAGCUGGAUGUGAACUUGAGUUCAUUGAAAGGGUUGCUGAAGAGACUUCUGCCCAAUUACCUCCCAAACAUAUAGAUAUUGGUGAGCGCAUUAUUGGGCUUCACCCCUGUAUUGAACAAGCCAAGUUGCUUUUAGAUCUUGCUUCCAACAAUGAUGUUUGCAUGUUAGGAAUUUAUGGAGAAAGUGGUGUUGGCAAAACCACCCUUGCCAAAGCUUUGUAUAAUUCCAUCCUCCACAUGUUUGAAGGUGCAUGUUUCAUCUUCAAUGUCAGAGAAGCUUCCAAGCAGCACAAGGGCAUGCUGCGUCUGCAACAAACUCUUCUGUCAGAGAUUCUUGAGGAGAAAAAAACUAAGCUGGCCAGUGCUGAUGAAGGAAUCUCUAUGAUAAAACACAGGCUUGCCCAUAAAAGAGUUCUUUUGGUUCUUGAUGAUGUUGAUGGGAUAGAACAGUUGGAAAAGUUAGCAGGAGGGUGUGAUUGGUUUGGUUUUGGUAGCAGGAUUAUUGUAACAACAAGGGAUCAACAUUUGCUACUUGCCCAUCUUGUUGAAAGGACAUAUCAAAUGAAGGGACUCAAUGAUCGUGAUUCUCUUGAGCUUUUUUGUUGGUAUGCUUUCAAUGCUAGCCAACCUGCAACUGGGUACGAAAAUGUGUCUAAUCAUGUAGUAAGCUAUGCGCGGGGCAUUCCAUUGGUUUUGAAAGGAAUAGGCUCCAAGUUGAUUAACAGAAGUUUACGGGCAUGGGAAUGUGCAAUGGAACAAUACGAGAAGAUUCCUGAAACAAAAAGAUUGGAGACAUUCUUAAAAGAUGGUAAAAAGGGAUGA